CAUGCUUGCUGUAUACACGCCAAUUCGAUUUUGUUUUUCGAAUUUCAAACGGUAUUCGAUUUCGAUUUGAUUGGAAUAUCAAUCUGCUAAUUGUGAAUCGAUCGAUUGUGAAAGGGAAUGCGAUCCAUUACUUGGAAUGUAUUCAAAACGUUUCGUACCCAAAUUAAACGUACGACUGGAUUCGUUCAUUCAGUCAUUUUUGGCCGUCGUAAUCUUUUGCUCACCAAUGCACUGAUUUCGGCAUCUAUGGGUGCCAUAGGUGAUUCUAUACAACAGAAUUUCGAUAUUCUAAUGGACAAUGUUCACAAAAAGAAUGAUGAUUCAAAUGAAUCGAAAAAAUCUACCAACUAUUCGACUAUUCGAACCGUUCACAUGACUACGGCUGGUUUGAGUACCGGUGUUCUUACUCAUUAUUGGUAUUUAUUGUUGGAACGUUUUUAUGGUACAGUAAAUCGUCGUCAUCCUGUUACAUUAAUCAAAUUGGUUUUGUUGGAUCAAAUCCUAUUCAGUCCGGUCAAUUUAUUCGUCUAUUUCGGUACACUAUCGCUAUGCGAACGUUCUGGUUGGCAUCAUUUCAAACAGGAAUUGCUGGAAAAGGGAAUGGAAAAUAUUUAUAUUGCCGAAUGGAUUAUUUGGCCACCAGCUCAAUUGAUCAAUUUUGCCUUGUUACCACUACGUUAUCGUAUAUUAUUCGACAAUAUUAUUUCAUUAGGUUUUGACAUCUAUGCACCAUAUGUCAAAUACAAGAAACCAUUACGCGAACAACACGAUUCUUCUUGAACCGGAUUGCUGUAUUCUUCAUAGACCAUUUCUCAUCUAAAUAAAUUUGAUGUGAUACUUGAGUAUUGGCCAUUAUGGUCCUGUUAAAAGCUU